GCCCCGUCCCCAAUCUAAUUACUCACCCACAUCCUCCCUAACAACAUGGUUCGCCUCACCUACGUGGCGGCGGCCACCUUGGCCGGUAGCGCCACAGCGAUCGACCUCGACAUCACCAGCCAAGAAUCCAUCCAGAAUGCCGCCGCCACCGUCGCCUACAACACCAUGUCCUACUACACCGGCAACCAAACCGGCCAAAUCCCAGGCUACCUCAACUCCUCGUGGUGGGAGGGCGGCGCGCUCUUCAACACCAUGAUCCAAUACUGGUAUUUCACCGGUGACGCGUCCAACAAUCCUGCCGUCAGCCAGGGGCUAUACUUCCAACGCGGCAACGACAACUACAUGCCCUCAAACUGGUCCUCAUACAUGGGCAACGACGACCAAAUGUCUUGGGCGCUGGCGGCGAUGACCGCAGCGGAGCUGGACUUUCCUCAGGGAACCGACAUGCCCUCGUGGGCGAGUCUCGCGGAACGCGUCUUCGACAUGCAAGCCGCGCGCUGGGACAGCAAUACCUGUGGUGGAGGUCUCCGGUGGCAGAUCUGGCCCUACGAAGCGGGAUACACGUACAAGAACGCGAUCAGCAAUGGUGGUUUGUUUCAGCUGGCUGCGCGAUUGGCGCGGUAUACCAAUAACCAGACGUACUCGGACUGGGCGGAGAGAGUCUGGGAUUGGAGUGUCAAUUCUCUGAUCGAUGAGGAGUGGACGGUUGCGGAUACGACGACGACGGAUAAGAAUUGUUCGACAUUCAGCAAGGUCCAGUGGACGUAUAACUACGCAACGUAUGUGAGCGGUGCGGCGUAUAUGUACAAUUAUACGAAUGGAGAGACAGCCAAAUGGAAGACCGGAUUGGACGGACUUCUCAACACGACGUUUAGCACCUUCUUUCCGGAGAAAUACGGCGGCAAUAUCAUGUCGGAGGUGACGUGUGAGCCUACCCAUGUGUGUAAUGAUGCCGAGUCCACCUACAAGGGUCUUCUUGCGGGUGACCUCGCGUUUGUGAGCGUUGUGGCGCCAUACACGGCGUCGGAGAUUCUUCCGCGUCUACAGGGCUCUGCCGUUGGCGCGGCGAAGCAGUGCUCAGGCGGGGAUAGUGGAACGGUUUGUGGUCAGAGGUGGUACCAGUCCACAUGGGAUGGAUGGAGCGGUAUUGAGGAAUCGAUGAGUGCGACCAGCAUUAUUACGUCGACUUUGGUGGCAUACAAGGAACAGAUCCCUGCCACGCAGGCCACGGCGACGAACCAGACUGUAUCGGCCAACGGAACUGUAACUGGUAAUGGGACUACUGCCAGCACGGCCUCUGGGAGCAGCAGUGGAGUUGUUAAGAACGGCGCCAGCGCUCUUGCGUAUGGACCGUUUGGUGUGAUUGCUGCUGUUGUUGCGGCUGUAAUCGCUUGAAUCUGAGGCCUGGUUGAUUGGGCAUUUUCUUUCCAACUUGUACUACUACAUUGUCCUGUCCAAGACAGGUAUUAUAUAACGAGGUAUUCCGUCCUAUGCUGCAGUC